UCUCUGCCAAAAGAAAAGGCUGAUUGUGUGCAUGUUGCAACAGGGUUAGAGGGGGAAGUGAUUGGCGAAGUGAGAAGAAAAAGCUUAAGCAAGGUCAUUCCUUGGCACAAUCAGGAGAGGCUAAGUGGAUGUAGCAGAGACUAAGAGGCAACCAGGCAGAAUCCGUUUGCAAAGGGUGUCAACCCUUUGCAAGGCUCGGUAACGAUGCCACAUUUGCUGAGCUAUACUGCUCUGCUUCUGCUAUGGAUAUGUUGCUCUGCGCAGAAGGGUGGAAAUGACUGUGGACCACCCCCAAGAAGAGACCGUGAAGAACUUGCAAAAUUACCAGGCAAACCAUCCUAUUCCCAUGGGGAAGAAGUAGUCUACAACUGCCGGCCUGGAUAUAUAAAACUUGGGCGCCUUAGAUUUCAGUGCAAUGAUGGAGAAUGGGUGCAAUCUGUACCACACGUGGAAUGCAGAAAAAAGCCAUGCGGACAUCCUGGAGAUAUUCAGUCUGGCUCUUUUGAUAUUGUUAAUGAAAACGAAUUUGUUUUUGGUGCUCGUGUUGUGUAUCGAUGUGAUGAUGGGUACAAGAUGCUCAGUCAUACAAAUUACCGUGAUUGCCGUGCAGAUGGAUGGAGCAAUGAUGUCCCUCAUUGUGAAGUGACGAAGUGUUUCCCAGUAAAAGCACCAGAAAAUGGAAGAAUCCUUAUGACUGGAGUACAAGACUUAGACCAGGAAUUUCUGUUUGGCCAGGUGUUACGAUUUGAAUGCUCUGGAAGUUUCAAAAUCCAGGGGUCCGAACAAAUCUUUUGCACAGCUCAUGGAAACUGGAGUGACGAUGUACCAAGAUGUGUAGAAAUUACUUGCCAAGAAGAAACCAUCGAUCAUGGAUAUAUACUAAACCCAAAGAAACUUUACAAAGAGGGGGACCGAGUGCACUUCUCAUGUUCUAAUGGGUACAAGCAUGCUGAGAGAUCGGAUGCUACAUGCACUCGGAAUGGGUGGAGUUCAAGACUUGCGUGCAUAGAAAUUGUCUGCUCCCAACCCCAAGUAGAAAAUGGCGACUACCAUCCUAAGCAGAGUUACUAUGAAUAUCAAGACACAAUCGAAACACAGUGUGAGCCUGGGUAUCAGCUUCAGAACCGCCAAUCCACUUCCACGUGUACAGAGACGGGGUGGUCUCCUCCUCCGAUAUGUAUUCCAAAGAACUGUGACUAUAUUCGGAUUGAGAAUGGACAACUAUCUGAUACCUAUGAACGCUGGAAAGACUACUAUUUUCCAAGAAGGGUGGGACAAACAGUUGACUAUAGUUGCCGUGAUGGUUUUCUACCAAUAAAGAAAGAAACAUGGGGUAGAAGUUCGUGCACCAAAUUCGGCUGGAAUCCAGAACCAAAAUGCUUCAAAAAAUGUGAUAUUCCUAGACUGCUUGCACAUGGUACAUUCAAUGUCCAUAAUUGGCAGAAGUUCAUAGAAGGUGAUGAAAUUUCGUAUUCUUGUGAGGUUGGAUAUGAUCCUAUAAAUCAACAAGCUAAGGCCGUGUGCACCAAAAAUGGCUGGUCACCUACUCCACGUUGUAAUGUAAAAAAAAUAUGUCGACCCGCGAAACCACCAAACGGCUUUUUCACUGAAAGAAGAAACCAAUAUAAUUUGAAUGACAAAACAUCAUAUCGCUGUCAGCCUGGCUUCACAACUCCACAAGGACUUGAAAUGGGAGAUAUACAAUGCCAUGAAGAAGGGUGGAAGCCUGAACCAAAGUGUAUCAAGACAUGCCAAGUACCAACUCAAAAUAAUGUAAUCUUUAACACAAGUCAAUCGGUUUUCUUGUUUGAAGAAAUACUUCACUACAAAUGUAAAGAUGGGUUUGAAACCAUUAAAAAGGCCACAGGUGACCAUGUAGUAUGCACAGAGAAUGGAUGGAGUCCAAAUCCUGAAUGUCUACCAAUACAUUGUGAUGGUUUCCUUCUGGAGAAUGGGCGACUUGACCCUAGAAAGAACCAAUAUCAGCACGGAGACGUGGUGAAAUUUUCCUGCCGCGGAAACCACAAAAGAGUUGGGCCUGACUCUGCCCAGUGUUAUCAUUUUGGAUGGUCUCCACAGCCCCCAACGUGUAAAGCACAAGUCGAUCCUUGUCAGCCACCCCCCAGCAUUUCGGAUGGCAGUAUUAGUGGUGACCUUAAGGAAGCAUAUGAACAUGGAGAAAAGGUGGAAUACAAGUGUAAUUUCGGAUUUGCAAUGACUGGAUCAAAGUUGAUUGAGUGUUUGGAUGGACAGUGGACAUCUUUACCACUCUGCAAAGAGGAACCCAGAGCUUGUGAAGUACCUCCAAAUAUUAGAAAUGGACACCCUGUCAGUGUUGACUCAGAUAGAUAUCUGCAUGGCGAAACUGUGGCAUAUGAAUGUAAUGAAAGAUUUUUCAUUGUUGGAACUAAAGAAGCUGUGUGUCUGCAUGGGCAGUGGGAGUUACCAUUAUGUGUUGAUGUUGCAGCAAAAUGUAGACGUCCACAGAAUGCAGAGUUUGUACCAUAUGCUUCUCUGGAGAAAAUGUUUAUGCACAACAACGUUGUAACCUACACCUGUGGUUCCAAUCAGCAUAAAACAAAAUGUGUUAAUGGAAAAUGGUCACCUGAGCCAGAAUGCACAGCAUUCUGUCCACCACCACCUCAGCUUCCCAAUGCCAUUGACAUAACUGAUACGAGAAACUAUAAGAGUGGUGAGGAGAUAAGCUUCAGGUGUCAGGAGAACUUCUUUCUUCAAGGGCCACAAAAAAUAAAAUGUGACAAUGGAAAGUGGCAAACCCCACCACGCUGUUUAGAUACAAGAUGUGGAGACCCUCCUGCAAUUGCCCAUGGUGAGGUAAAUAAUAGUUCCCAGAGAAAGUAUCUUCCUGGUGAAAGUGUGGAAUAUCAUUGCCAUGAAGGUUUUGAACUUGGGGAAUCAAGUACUUCAACAUGCGAAAAUAGGGAGUGGUCCCCACCGCCAACUUGCAGAGAAAAGUCAUGUGGGGAUCCCCCCAAACUCGAUGAUGCUGCAUAUGAAGGAUUAAUAAAAAAUCGCUAUGAGCCUGGGGACCUGAUACCUUUCAGCUGUGCACCAGGUUAUGCUACAGAAGGACCACGGAAUAUUACAUGCCACAAAGGAAAGUGGUCGGAAGCUUCAACCUGUGAAGAUGCAACCUGCGGAGAGCCCCCUGCAGUUGCCAGUGCUGAUAUUGUGGCGGGGACAGCAGAGGUCUAUUUGCCUGACCACGAGGUGCAUUAUCAGUGCCAUGAAGGUUUUGAAAUCUCUGGAUCGCCUAAUGUAACAUGUCAAAAUAAAGAGUGGUCACAACCACCGACAUGUGUAGAUGUAACAUGCCCUCCCCCACCCCGGGUUUCUAAUGGUCAGAUUACGACUGAUCUCAAGCAAAGGUACUUGCCUCUUGAGAAGGUGCGCUAUCGCUGUCGCCAAAGAUUCAGCCUUUUUGGACCUUUUACAAUAAAGUGUGUGAACAAAGAAUGGACAGAACCACCAAGAUGCAUAGCAACAAGCACUGCUAUGAAGAACUUGCUGGUCUAUCUUCUUCCAUUUCUUCAGUGGACAUGCUGUACUUCCCAAAAUGUGUGUGAAGAACCACCUGACAUUGAUUUUGGGGAAAUAAGAAGUGGUGAGAAGGCCGCUUACGUUGAAAGUGACAGAGUGCAAUACAACUGCAACCCCGGAUUUGUAUUGGAAGGCUCUGAGUGGAUAACAUGCAGUGGACAAAAGUGGACACCACCACCAAAAUGCUUGGCACCUUGUAUUGUCACAAAACAACAACUUGAGGCCAAAAACCUGCUUCUGUCUGGGAACCGAGUACGGACACAACUGAUUCAACAUAAUCAGAUCUUGCAGUUCCAGUGCAGGGAAGGGCAUGUCCUCACAGUGCCUUUGGUCAGGAAGUGUCUUGAUGGGCACAUGAAUUUGCCCUCGUGUAUCUCUGAAAGAGGGAAAAACUGCAGCCGCCCACCUGCUAUUGAGAAUGGAGACAUUAUUACCUUAUCAAAGAAGCAGUACAAGGCUGGCUCUUCAGUUCAGUUCAAAUGCCAAAAAUAUUAUUCUCUGGAAGGAGAUAACAGAACUUUUUGUGAUAAUGGGACUUGGACAAAAGCACCUGUUUGCUUAGAACCCUGUGCAAUCUCUUUGGCUGAAAUGGAAAAUCGGAAGAUAGAAAUUAAAAGGAAGUUGGAUGGAGACAUAUCUGAAAACAUCUAUGUACCACGUGGUGGUUCUGUUGAGUUCACCUGUAAAAUGGGCUACAUGGUUACAACAAAUCUUUCGCAAUCUGUUUCUGUAAUCCAGUGCAAUGGAGAUUCAAUUGUGUAUCCUGAAUGCAAAGAAAUUGUCUGCUCCCCACCACAAGUAGAAAAUGGCAACUUUCAGCCUAUCAGAUUCAGUACAAAUAUGAAGAUACAAUCGAAACACAGUGUGCGUCUGGGUAUCAGCUUCAGAGUCGCCAAGCCACUUCCAUGUGUACAGAGACGGGGUGGUCUCCUCCUCCGAUAUGUAUUCCAAAGAACUGUGGCUAUAUUCAGAUUGAGAAUGGAGAACUAUCUGAUUCCUACGAACGCUGGAAAGACUACUAUUUUCCAAGAAGGGUGGGACAAACAGUUGACUAUCGUUGCCGUGAUGGUUUUCUACCAAUAAAUAAAGAAACAUGGGGUAGAAGUUCAUGUACCAAAUUCGGCUGGAGUCCAGAACCAAAAUGCUUCA